AUGAGCAUAAUGGAACUGUCGCCGUACUUGAAAGCGAUCCAGGAAGUUUCUGGAUCAACACCAGGAGAGAAGUAUCGCGCAAUAAACAGGAUCGCUUUCAAGCUGCUAUCUUCAAGGAACAUCAAGAGAUCCUUGAAGAACUUGGACUUUCCGGAAGUUUUGAAGCUUUUGGUUGAAGUGGAAAUCGCGCGGAAGCUCCGACAGCCUGACAUGAUCCUCGAAGCGCUAAAAUCCAAGAACUGGGAAGUUGUGAUGCGUGCAGUGAAAGCCAGCUGGUUCUUCAACGGCGGCAACAAGAUGACAUCAGUAGGAUUCUACCAGACCCAGAUCUUCCUGCUUGUUUCAGUAAAAAACCGGAGAAUGAUCAUUAAAGCCUUGGCUGAUAACCUGGCAGAAGAGCCAGAGCUUGCUGAUAAUUUUUACGAUCUAGUCACCCUGAUGUGCGGAGAAAAGCAGGCCAAACCUUUGUUGAAGGUCUGCAGCGAGUCCUUCAUCUGGAACCGCAUCAAGAAUUUCAAGUUCAACUACACUGUUGUUCACUUCUUGUACUACAAGUACCCGGAAAUGGUCAUCAAGUACUUGAGGUUGAGCAAGAGCGACCCAGAGAACUUCAACUUCACCAGCUUUGCAAGAUUUCUUCCAAGAUUGCUGUUGAAGCAUCCGGAAGUUUUUGAAGAGUUGAUUGAAAAAAGUGAUGAUGCUCCUAUGCUUAGUGCGAGACACACAGGUUUGUUUUUGAAGCACUGUCUCGAUGCUUUUUUGAAGAAUCCUCAUAAGUUUUUGCAAAUUCUCGCGCCUAAAGUUUUGGAGAGAAAGCUCACGGAAGAACAACGCGAAAGUGUCUUCAAAAUUUUGGUGGUUCAAGAAAUUGCGAAGUUCGAAAAUGCUUUCAUUGGAAAGUUCAAAUUCCUAGAUGAUGGAAAGAAGCUCUCUAUAUUGAUGUCAGCGUACAAAGAAAAGCACAAUGUUGAUUUUCUGGACUGCCAUGAAAAGAUCACACCCAAGAUUAUGAGAAUCCUGCCUAAGGAGGAUAGAAUCAAGAUAGCGAAGGCCAAAUUUGAAGAGAAGACUUCUCCAGGUGACGAACUUAACAUCAGCUACAAAAAAUCUUGGAUCGCUUAUCUGGAUUGCAGCGAAUCGUUGCAAUUCUUCAAAUCUGAAAUGGAGAUUAUCGAAGCGUCUAUGCGUUUCGAAGUCAUCAAGCGUAUGAUUUACUCCUGUGCGGUUAACAACGACAGUGACUCAUUGCUGGAUGUUCUGAAGUACAUCCAGAAGAAGUUUGACUGCGAACAGCACGAAUUCUGGGCUAACAUUCUGAGGUUCUUGAGGAGAUACACUUGUUCGAUGAAUAUUUCUCAAGACCACUGA